AUGGACCAACCCCUUGACACCAACCUCUCCAUAGAUUCCAUCAUCAGCCUCACUAAAUCUUGUAUAACGUCUACCUACUUCACCUUGGGAGACAACAUUUUCGAACAGAUCCACGGCCACCCCAUGGGGUCCCCUCUCUCCCCCAUUAUCACAGAAAUCUACAUGACCCAUUUUGAAGAGCAAGCCCUGGCCUCCUCCCCCAUCCAACCUGUCUGCUGGUAUAGGAAGGUGGAUGGCACCUUUGUCAUCCUCAGGAAAGACCAGGAUCCCACCUCACUACUACAGCACCUCAACACCCAACAUCCUCGAAUUAAGUUUUCGAUGGAAACAAAGAGAGACAGCACACUCCCCUUCCUAGAUGCCCAUGUAUCCAAUGACCCCUGCAAGAAGAUCCAAACCAAGGUCUACAGAAACCCCACCCACUCCGACUACCAUGACCUAGAACAUGAGCUGAACCACCUGCAACAUGUCUUCACAAGCCUCAACCAGUAUCCCACCAACUUAGUCAAGAGGACCAUCUCCACCACCCUCCAUGACAAACCCAAACUGACCAAGCCUGAAUCCGUCCCCAUCAAAAUCACCCUACCCUACAUCGGCAAGACCUCCCAUCAAAUCAGCAGACUACUAAAGCACCAAGCAGGCAUCGACAUCAUCUUCACUGGCUCUGCAACCCUCAGGACCAUCCUCCAAGCCAAUGACCGCAACCUUCCCUCCAAAAAGCAGCCCCCCAAAGGAGUGAUCUACAAGAUUAGUUGUGAAUGUGGUGACUUCUGUAUUGUCACUCCGCUGCUGCUAGGUGGGGUCACACAGGUGAUUGCAGGGACCACACGUGCAGUAGAGGUCUCAAGUCGGAUGGACUGA